UGUCGCGAGGGCGGGGCCGGGCCCCGGGCGCCGCCGUAGGCCGGGCCGCACCGGCGCGUUGGCGCUGGGCCGGCGGUUUGGCGGCGAGCUGGUGCCGGGCGGAGGGCGCGGGGCUCCGGGGCUCGGGGCGGCCCCGCCGCUCCGGGCAGGCGCGCCUAUGGUGGUUCUCGGGUGACGCCGCCCACAGCGACUCUCUCCGGGGGCGGAGGAAACACCUAUGAACCCUUCGGCGACCUUCCUGGUCGGGCGCCCGAACAUCGGGUCAGAAGUUGAGGUUUCCACUAUUGAGAAACAGCGAAAAGAGCUGCAGCUGCUCAUCGGGGAGUUAAAAGACCGAGACAAAGAGCUCAAUGACAUGGUUGCAGUGCACCAGAGACAGCUGCUUUCCUGGGAGGAAGAUCGGCAGAAAGUCUUGACGCUGGAGGAGCGGUGCAGCAAAUUGGAAGGCGAACUUCACAAAAGGACUGAUAUAAUCAGGUCGCUCACCAAGAAGGUCAAAUCCCUGGAAUCGAACCAGAACGAAUGCCAAGCGGCUCUCCAGAAGACUCAGCUGCAGCUGCAGGAGAUGGCGCAGAAGGCGACCCACUCCUCUCUCCUCUCCGAAGACCUGGAGGCUAGAAACGAGAAUCUCAGCAACACGUUAGUGGAACUUUCUGCUCAAGUGGGGCAACUGCAAGCUCGGGAACAGGCCCUCACCACGAUGAUAAAGCUGAAGGACAAAGAUAUCAUUGAGGCAGUGAACCACAUCUCAGACUGUUCGGGUAAAUUUAAACUGUUAGAGCAUGCCUUGCGGGAUGCUAAGAUGGUGGAGACGUGUAUCGCGAAAGAAAAGCAAGAUUAUAAGCAGAAAUUGAAGGUUCUUAAAGUGGAAGUCAGUAAGCUGAAAGAUGACCUGAAUGAAAAAACAACAGAAAACAACGAACAGCGAGAAGAGAUCAUUCGCCUCAAGCAAGAGAAAAGCUGUCUGCAGGAUGAACUGGUUUUCAGUGCAGAGAGAGAAAAAAGGAAAGACGAGUUGCUCGAUAUCGCCAAGUCGAAGCAAGAGCGCACGAACGCAGAGCUGCGCAACCUGAGGCAGAUUUACGUAAAACAACAGAGUGAUCUUCAGUUUCUGAACUUCAAUGUGGAAAAUUCUCAGGAAUUGAUACAGAUAUACGACUCAAAGAUGGAAGGACCAAAGACCCUGGAAUUCAGCAGAGACAUGUGCUUAUCAGACCUUGAAAUUGUCCACCCAAAAGUUGAUCUGAAGAGGGACAGAAACCAGAAGCCACUGAUGAAGGAACAAAAACUUGAGAGCGUGUUGAUCCAGCAAACCCAGCUAGACAAGAACACUUGCGACGUCUGCAAAGAGAAGAAACAGUUCGACAGCACUCCCGGGGGGAAGAGCGUCGCCGCCGUCGGGUCUCUGCUCCCAACAGACUUGGCGGAGAAGCCGAAGGCGUGUUGUCUGGGAGGCAGACUCCAGAGCGAGCCGUUGUGUGCGGUCCACGCCCAGCCCCUCCUCAGCCCCCGAGCGGGGCCCCCCGGUGAGGAGAAGCAGCCCUGGGGGCCGCUGUCGGCCGAGCAGCACUGGCACGACGUCAGUGUGUACCUGGGCCUGGCCGACUGCUCGGCUUCCAAGCAGCCCGACAGGCCGGGCGGGGCGUGCCGCGACCCCGGGGAGGGGGCUGGCGUCUCCGGCUGCAGCCUGCGGGGAGCCUGCGCGGGGGCGAGGGAGGCGUGCGAGGCCCACUGCUGCCACCCGAGGAACAUCGUCAUCGAGGCCCCGGGCCACAUGUCGGACGUGGAGUGGAUGAGCAUCUUCAAGCCCUCGAAAGUGCAAAGGAUCGUCCGCCACAAAUCUGUGUGCACCUGUUCCGGAAGCGGCGUCGGGACGAAAUACAACAACUGCACAAGGUCCUGCUUCAGGCCCGGAUUUCCUUUCCUCUCCGGCCUUGCACCUCCCACCCUGGCGAGACCCUCGCACUGUCACCUCCCGCACCGUCUGUCUCUCCCUCACAGCGAGCUCACGCCCGUCCCGCACGGCCUGGCCGGGGGCUCUUCGCAGCUGGCCUCCAGAGGUGACGAGAAGCCGGGUGACACGGAGGCGGCUUGCGAUGGAAGCAGCUCCCCGAAGCUUCUGCCCUCCGGCCUGGACGCCGCCACGCCCUGCGGAAAGGACGACUCUUCCCCCACCAGCAAGCUCCAGCGCCUGCUGGCCGAGUCUCGGCAGAUGGUCUCGGACCUGGAGCUCAGCACUCUGCUCCCUGUCGGCGCGGAGCGCCCUGGCAGCGCCACCCAGAAGAAUGCCGACAUCUCAGAAGAGCCAGCUCCGAAAAGUCCUUUUCUUUGUGACUGAAGAAGACAGGACUCAGCUCAAGACUCACCGUGGUCAGGGAAGCCGGUUCUCAUCUGUGUGGAAGGCAGGAAGCAGACGUCAAUACCUCGGACUUACCCUUGAAAACAAAGGGGCUCAUUCCUGUGGGGAGCGGAAACAAAGUUAAUUUUCCAAUACCUAUAUUCUGUUUUCAAGUGAACCGUUUUCACAUGCAAGCAAUGUUUAUUGUGCAUAAGAAUUAGACCUUGAAUUGUAUAUGUAUGAACUUGCAAUUAUGCCGAGAGGGAGAAGACGUGGCCACAAAGCUGGACACCGUGGCCAGCCCCGGGCUGGAGGUGCUCCUUGAGGGGCGCGUGGAUGGGAGAACCCCUGAAUGUAAAGUGCUAUUUUAACUACCUGAUAUUUUUAAACCGGUGAAUACAUUUAAAUUAUAACCAUUAGCCUAUGAGUCAGCUCCAAAUACAUGGGAAAUUAUGUUCUCUUUUCUGGGCUUUGCGCUCCGGACUUGGCUGUGUAAAAUAGACAUAAGAUGAUAUAAAAUGUUGAAAACUGGAAAUAGCUCCCGGAGGCUCUUCUGCCCAGCUCCGCACAGGGUCUAGAGUCCCGUCUCGUUACAGAGACCUGCUUGAAGAUGAGUUUUUAUACGGAAUUUUUUUUUAUCAUUAAUGACUAAAACAUUAAUGUUUGAACUUGUAAUUUAAUUUUUGAAAAGAAUAUGUGUCUCUCCGACUCUGCUGAGAGAAUCGCUCAGCUCCAGUGAAUAAAAAGUAUUUUUAAUAAUAAAGAAAAAAUUUUGCUUUAACAAAUUAUGCAGCAGAAAUAAUGAGGAAAGAGAAGAGCCCUCGUUAUAAAAUAAGGGAGGAGAGUGGCCGGGAAUACACCUGGCCUUGUCCUCGGGAAGAGGAACGUAUUUUUGAAGCACGGAGCUCCCCAGCUUCUAUUGUGCUGUGUAAAUGUCCCUUUGAGGGUUCCAGAGCUUCGCAGGGAUGAUUUCCAUGAGAGUGAGGAGCUGCCCCGUCCUUCUUCAGUCGGGAGUCCCAGUAGGGGACUGUUGGGGUCCCUCAUAGGGGCUCUGUAUGAGGGCCCUUGUGGUGCAAAGGGGAUCAUGUGUGGUUCUGGGGGAUCCAGCCGGGUUAGCCGCAUGCAAGGCAACACCUUGCCACCUUCAGUAUCUCUCUGAGCCCCGUUUCUCCUUUUUACUUUGGGUGCUAAAAAAAAAAGUAAGUCGGGGCGCCAGAGUGAUAGUACAGUGGGUAAGGUGUUUGCCCUGUACCAGCUGACCCGGGUUCGAUUCCCGAAACUCCAUAAGGCUUCCAAAACGGAAACAAAAAGACAUUGAAAAAGAAAUUUGGUGGGGUUUUAUGCUCUUUUAUAACUCCUGCUUUCAAUCCCAAGAUAGUUCAGAGGGCUGGAACCUCCAUUGUAUGUGCAGAAUUUCUGGGUUCAAUCCUCAGCACCGCCUGGAGCGAUUUCUGUUCCUGAGCAUUGACACGUGGGCCCCCAGACCAGAGCCCAAAAGACAAAUGAAUGUUGUGGCUCUUUUAGCUCAGG